AUGAUCAGGUCUGUCUCUCUGCUGCAUUGCGCCUAUGCCCUGCUGACCGUUGGGAUCCGACAGGCUACCGUGCUGCUGCUCGUUCCGUACGAAACAUGGAGGGAGGAUGUGCAGGUUGUGAUAGAGCGGAACUACUUGCUAGCGGGCGUCAGGGGUCAAUCACCGAUUGUCAAAGGCCGUCUUUACGGAAACGUCGACGUCGCCAAUUCCGCCUGGCAGCUCGAGCCCCGCAGCCCACGACUCUCCGCCCGCGAGCGCACGACCUCCACUAUCUCCUCCACAUCGACCACCUCGUCCUAUGCCUUUGUCUCGGACCCGGAUAUAUCGAGCAGCUUCGCCGCCUCGCUCGAGAGCGCACAGGCGUCGGACGCUGAGGAGCCUGCCACCGCCGCCUCUCCCGCGCUCUCAUCCCCAUCCUCAAACCCCGAGGAACGCGUCACCAUCGUCUCGCAUCUAAGACGACAGCUGGCUGGCGCCUCGGGUGCCGUGUCCCCCGCCGACCCCGCGCGCGCACUCUCGUCGUUCUCCUCGCUCGAGUCGCUGCACUCACAGACGGGCCGCCUGCUCACGCUGCACCUCGAAAAGGAGCAGUCGAUCAUCUGGCCAUCGCUGAUUGUCGGCCCGGUUCUCGAAGAGCUCUCUCCCGCUGUGACGAUCCCGCAGAUCCACGAUGAGAAUCCCGAAGUCGAGCAAAAGUAUAAUAUGGAUCCGACGAGCUUGGUCCUGUGCGCCAUCGAGCUGCUCGAUAUACGGAAGGACAAGGAUGAGGCGUUUGAGUGUUUUGCGCGCGCAUGGCACCAGGCUCAUCUGCCCUCGGCGACGAUGAAGCUUAUAGCCCAAUAUCUCCCCCUGCAUACAUCCAUCGACUUUGUCGACCCCGCCGAAGAAAACCAACGAGGAACGGUCUCCUAUUGUAUCCGCUGUAUCGGCGGCUCGACAGGUCUCGGACAGCUCUUCUUCGAAGCCGGCCUGCUCUACCUCGAAGGCAUCGCCUCCGUCCUCCUCUCGUCCUCCUACUCCUCCCUCGCAUCAAUACGCGUCCCACACCACCCUCCACAAGGCGAAGCCGGCUCAGCUACCGGCCGCCGAGACAGGGAGGCCGCGAAACGGUGCUUCGAGCGUGCCAAGGCGCUCAACCCGGCGCUCGAGAUCCCGAGCGUCGUGUUCAGCAGCAUCUCGGAGACGUCACCGCCCAAGCAGGAGCUCGAGAUGCCGUCGAUCGAGCUGCACCACUCCCGGUCGGCGAGCGUGUACUCUGGCGAGGCGGAGUCGCUGCCGUCGGAGCCGGAGGUGAUUUUGCGGCGGCGGAAGGCGAAGAAGGAUGAGCUGCUGUUCAUGGACGAUGUGCAGCGGCGGGAGGACGCGGACGGCGCGUGGUACGGCUAUAUGCCGGGCAUCGUCGGCGCGGGCACUGCGCUGCUUGUCGUUGGUGUGAUCGGCGCGCUCAGUUUCUCGUGGAGGCGGAAUCAGGGGUCUUGA